AUGAGCAAUGAUCCAGAUCGAUGGGAACGAGCAAUGAAAGUGCUCUACGUCAAGGAAGGAUGGCGAUUUCAGCGAAAGCCGGAGAGUGUUGGUGAACUUCGAGACCAUUUCCGCGAUUGUGGCAUCAGACGGGAAUCUCUAUUCGAGAAUUACGUAAGGGUUUUAUUGAUAUCUUUGUCUUUUUGGAAUUCUGGACUGAACGGCAGAAACUGUUGUCAAGAUGUCUCAUACUUUCGUUUCAGCUGUUCGAACAAUACGCUAAGGAACGUCUGGCCAAUCGGAAGGCCAGGUACAACUUCUUGACGUUAUACGAUCUGGCAGACGAGUACAAUAAUUUUUUCGAUGAGAACGGAGAGCUGAAGGAAUCUGUUGAUGAGGCCGACGGGAGCUUUCAUAAGGUUAACGAAGAUGAACGUAUAAGUUUUCUGCGUCCCAGAGUUCUGUCAUUCAGUCGGUCUGAUCUGCCCGUUAAUCAAGAAUGUGAAAUGGUAUGUUGCUUGAUUAAGUAUAAUUGUAAUUUAUGAGAUGAUUACGGCAAUCAUUUCCAGACCAUCCGUCCCUCAGGUUCCAGAGAAGAAACUCCAGUAAAUCUACACGAUGAUGUCUUCCUUGCUACUGAAGAAAACGGUGUUGAGAUCCCAACGAAUAGCACUCGGAACAAGCAUCCACGAAAAGCUGAGCGCAAGGGAACCUUCAAAAAGGCCGAAAAGCCCACGACGUCGGUAUGUUACAGUUCUACCUAUUUAGUUUUUUGUUUGUUUAGAAGGCUGCUUCUGCAAAGCGUCAACCACUAACAGCCGAGCCUGAGGUUCCAAUGGCCAAGAGACUCCGAAGAAAAGUUGAACCAUUACCUCAACCGAGGAUUAGUGAAUUACCAUCUGAAGUUCUUCCACCUAUCUCCAGGAGGUUGAGAGAUCGGAAAGUUCAGCCCAAAGCUGCGGUCGCGGUGGGGGCAGGACAGCAAGCUCCAACAAGAUCGAGAAGGGUUGUUCCAACACCAAAACCAGAGAAAAAUGUUGUACCACCGCCUAAGCCGAGGAGAUCAAAGACCGUUGUUCCACCACCAGUUAGAAGAGCCAACAGACUCCACUCGACGCCUGCGGCCGAACCAAUCCGUGACCCUGCGCCCAAGAAACGAGGAGGUCGUUCCAAAAAGCCUGAUCCUGUCCCUGAUCAGCCACAACCAAAGAGGACCAGACGUCGUGCUCUAGCCCCGGAAGCCGAAGAACCAAGAAAUCAUCAGGCAGAAGGCGGCGGAGAUAAUGGAUCGAGAUACAAUUUGAGGAGUAGAACACCCAUUAAUUAUAAAUUGUGA